AUUUAUUUUAAGGUUUUUGGAAGGAAAUUAAACAUGCAGACUGGUAAAGUUGUAAACAUAAGGUAUAAUAAGCCUCCAUUGGCUAAAAGAAGAAAUAUUUAUAAGAGAGAAUUAAUGAGCUUUAUUGAUGAGGAUGUUUUCCAAAAAUAGCUAUGAUUUAGUCGCUACUAAAUAUGCACUGAAAAAGCCUAAAAGAAACAAAAAGAACGGAACUUCUGUUAACAGUGCAUCAUCGAGAAGAAAAACUAAAGUAACUGCUCCAAGUCUGCACUCAUAUGAGGCAUCAAGCAUGAAAUCAAUCAACGAUGCUCAAUAUCGUGCAGAGAGGCUGUGAAGCCCUAUUUUAGCAAAACUUGAGCGAAAAAAGGAGCAAAUAUCUGAAGAGAGGUGGAGCCCGAUAAAGCUGAAGACUCCUUCUCUAGCAAAGACUUCUAUAUUCCACAACCUGAGCAAGGAUCUUUACAGCGGAAUGUUCUCUACAAUGGAAUCAAGCGAAGGAGUCAUGCUUCGAUGUAGCCAACCAUUGGUAAAUAUGGCUAAGAACAAAGCCCAGCUGAGAGAGGACCAUAGUAUAAUCUCAAAGCUAAUUUCAGGGAAUAAUCAGAAUACUGAGACCAUUAAGCCUAAACAAGUUAACAAAAUUAGAUCAGUGAACAAAAUCUGGGCAAAUUUUAACAAUACCAAGAAGUUGGUCAAGAAGUUUAAGAAACCCCUGGACUUGUUCAAUGCAAGGCUUCGGAAGAGAAAGAACCAGAAGUCCAGUGUGCUCAAGCCAAGGAUUAUUUCUAUCAUGAAAUUGGAGACUUUAAAGGAAAAGGCAGCAUUGAGGGAUAAAUCUUAA